AUGGCGGACACAAAGCCCAGGAAGAAGAUCACCGCGGCUGAACUGGCACAGCACAGUACCGAUUCGAACGCAUGGAUGGCCUGUCAUGGACUUGUCUUGAACCUGAGUAAGGAAUUCCUUGAAGAACAUCCUGGUGGCCCUGACGUGGUCGUUGCAUUGGCUGGCAAGGAUGGGACCCAGGACUUCGAGGAUAUCUCUCACAGCGACAGUGCUCGCGAGUGGGCCAAUAAGCUGAUCAUCGGCUACAUGAAGGGAACGGAGGAAGAGGAGAGCGAGAGAAAGGUGAAGAUCGUUCCGAAGCAUGCCGAGGCUGCUCGAGGAGGCGGCGGUGGAGGAGGACUUGGUGCCUUUAUCCCUGCCGUCUUGGUCGUGAUUCUGGCAGGGGCGGCCUAUUUCUUCCUGAACAAGUCCUGA